CGCAGAUGGCUAGCCCCAUAUUUGUUAGCGCAGCUAUGGCCCAUCUCCGAAGACGCUGGAAGUUCAAUGACUCUGCGAUUCAACCUCACCUCAACUUUCACAGCCAAAAAAUCCGUACCCUCGUCUCACUCACUCGCUGUCUCAUCCACAAAACCCUUGCUCAUCGAUACGACGACCCCGGCAAACCCUGCAAUGACCGACGCCCAACCAGAGAUGAAGAUUGAUCCCUCGAGAGCAAAGGCUCUGGUUUCGCAGCUUCAGUCUGUCCAGGAGCGCGUGACCGCCGUCGCUGCGGGGCGAAAUGUUCGGUUAGUGGCAGUCUCAAAGCUGAAGCCAGCCAACGAUAUCCUGGCGUUGCACCAACAGACCACGCCGCCGCAGGUGCAUUUCGGCGAGAACUACGCACAGGAGCUGGGCCAGAAGGCGGAGAUGCUACCCAGGAGUAUUCAGUGGCACUUUAUCGGUGGUUUGCAGUCAACACAUGCAAAGAAGCUGGCCAAGAUCCCAAAUCUCUUCUGCGUCUCCAGUGUAGAUACCCUUAAGAAGGUCCAGCUCCUCAACGCCUCGCGCGCGGAGCUCAUCUCCUCGUCAUCAGGCGACAGCAGCAACCCCGUGGAGCCGCUCGGCGUGCACGUGCAGGUCAACACCUCGGGCGAGGAGUCCAAGUCCGGCGCCGAGCCGGGCCCGGAUACGGUCGCGCUCUGCCGCGCCGUUGAGGAGGAGUCGCCCGCGCUCAAGCUGCUCGGCCUGAUGACCAUUGGCGCCAUCGCGCGGAGCAAGGCGACGACGCCCGAAAACGAGAACGAGGACUUUGUGUGCCUCAAGGAGCAGCGGGAUCUGGUUGUCAAGGAGCUGGGCUUGCAGAGGGAGCUGGAGCUGAGUAUGGGUAUGAGCGAGGACUUUGAAGGCGCGGUGAAGCUGGGUAGUGGGGAGGUUCGGGUGGGAAGUACGAUUUUUGGGGAGAGGGGCCCGAAGAGUGAGGCUAAGAUUUUGGUCUAGUGGAGUUGGUGUGAUGAGUUUUGGAUGUCGAAUGACUCUUGGAUGAGGUCGGAUGAAUGUGAUGGAGAAAGUUGAUACACACUGGCUGUGGGGAAGCGAGGUGAGUUCUAGGCCAGGAAAGAUGCGGUCUACAACCUGCCCCGAAGUAGUGUUCACACGUAUUGAUGACAAUCAUAGAUAUCCAGACCAAGUCACUAGUGCUAUUGCAUUCAUCCGCCCCCUUUCUCCUAGUUCUACGACGCCUCAGUUGGUGAUGCAACGAGCUAUAGUUUAUGUGAACCAUUCUCUCCAAGAGAGGCGCAUAACUCCAUAAGUCUGCUUCAAGUAGUAGCUGACUUGGAGAGAGGAGAUAGAUGUAGGCGGUUUGCACCAUCUCCAUUCUUACUCGUCCUCAAGCUUUCGGAGUACGCGGCCUCAUUUUGUAUAUGACUCUGGAAUUGUUCUUGCCUUCCACUCUCGCUCUUGAUCGCUUCUCAUUACUGCGAACGGUUUUCCUAAAUAUUUCUCCCCUCUCAUUCACGCAAGUUCUUCAGUGCCAU